UCAAUGUCAAUAAAUGCAAGUUUCAAACGACCUCAGAAAUAAAAAAAUAAAUAAACAAGUUUUUUUAAAUAAAACAUUACAAAACAAUAAACUUAUUAAAUGGUUAUACUUUGAUAAGAGUAAAGUUUAAAACAUACGAACUAAACCAUAUAUGCCUCAAAAUCUAUAAUUCUUGUGAUCUAACCAAAAGUAAGUGCAGGUAUGUCGGGGGACGGUAGUGGCGGUGGUGGGUCGGCGGUGGCCCUAGUGACCGGAGGCUAUGAUCAUACAAUCAAGUUAUGGCAAGCACACAGUGGCGUCUGUUUACGAACCAUGCAACACCCUGAUUCCCAAGUGAAUGGGCUUGAGAUAUCUCCCACUGGACAGAUGGUAGCAGCGUGUGGCUACCAGCACAUUCGCAUGUAUGACUUAGCCAGUGCCAACCCAGAUCCUGUUGUUAAUUUUGAAGGAAUCACGAAGAAUGUUGCCAGAGUUGGAUUUCAAAAAAAUGACCUUUGGAUGUACACCGGUGGUGAAGAUUGGACGGCUAGAAUAUGGGACCCAAGGGCUGCACCACAAUUCCGCUGCACAAAAAUAUUCCAAGUGCAAGCUCCUGUCAAUACUGUUACAUUGCAUCCCGAUCAGACACAGAUUAUGGUGGGAGACCAGAGUGGCAUAAUACACAUGUGGGACCUUCGGACAGACCAGAAUGAACAAUUGAUACCAGAUGCUGAAGCCUCAAUCCAGGAUAUAGCAAUUGACCCAGAAGGCAAGAUGAUGGCUGCGGUGAACAACAAGGGCAACUGCUAUGUGUGGUCACUGGGAGGCGCAGCCCCACAUCCCGUACCACUCAAACACAUUGUUGCACAUUCUAAAUAUGCUCUCAGAUGCAAGUUCAGCCUGGAUUCUACGAUGCUUGUGACGACGUCUGGCGAUUGUUCAGCGAAAGUGUGGCGGACCAGCGACUGGACGCUGCUACGUGAACUGCGCAACGACACGCAACGGUGGGUGUGGGACGCAGCCUUCAGUAUCGACUCACGAUACCUUUUUACGGGUUCCUCAGACAGUUACGCCCGACUCUGGGACGUAGAAAAGGGCACCCUAGAGAGAGAAUACUGCGGACAUCAGAAAGCUAUCACCGCCCUUGCCUUCAGAGACCAGGCAGUUUAAUAAUUGUAACUUUAAUUAAGGAAAAUUGUACAUGAAUUAUUUUAUAACGAACGCGAAUGUUUCUUCUCAAAAUUAUUUGAUUAUGACUCAAAUUGUUUGUUAGAUAAGUUGCAUUUAUUAGUGCCAUUAGUUUCCACAAAGCUUACAUGGAAAAUGGUCUGUAAUUAGUUCCUUUUAAUCAGGUUGUCAAUAAGGGUUAUUACUUGUUUUUGUUAUUUUUUUAUAUGCCUUGUUACAUGUCAAAUUACCAGUUUUGCAAUGUCUAAUCAAGAAUGUGUUUAACAGGAACUUAAUCAGACAUAGUGUGGCUGUAUUUCUAUUAUUUAUCUAAGUUGUUGGUGGAUGUGUGUGUCCAUCUACCUACAGAAUUUGAAACUGGUCCUACAAUAGGUUAAGAAUAUGAUUUCCGACAAUAGCUUACUAGGUACCGUUUAGCGCUUGUAUAUUUGUAAAUACUGUCUUACUAGAUUAUGUAGCGAUAUGUUGUUAUAGGCUAAUCAUUUUGUACUCUCUUCCUGGAAAAUACUAACUUACUUAUAUACAAAACAAAGCCAAAUACAUAAUUGAAUCAUACAGAUAAAGAUGUAUUAAAUCUGCAUUUACUUAUUCAGAUGUAAAAAUCAAGCUAAGAGACAAAAUAGUACGUGGGUCGUCAUGCGACGGUUUUUAAGUAAAUUUCAGGCAUAUUUUGUACUUUUUUAUCCUGUAAUACUUGUGUUCGAUGCAUUUACUAUGUAAAUAUAACAGACUCUCAUUUGACUAUAAUAUAAAAUAAAAUACUAUAUUAUAAA